AGCAAUUUUUUUUAAAGCCUUGAAUCCAAUAAAAAUAACAAAUCAUACAACCAUUUUUUUAAAAAAAAAGCCUUGAAUCCAACGCAUAACGUCACAGCUGUAAUCCAGUGCACCACCAUCAUCCCAACAUCCAACGGCACAAAUCACCCAAUUUUCAAACCCUAAACCUUCUCUCCGGCAAUGGCGAUUCCGGCGACUUCACUCCUCCUCAUCGCCGUCGCCACAAUCAUCUCCACGACGCCGUAUCUCGUCCAAUCGAGCACUGACAACAACCGCGUCUUCUCGCCGUGCACUGAUACCACCGUACAGAGGUCCGACGGUUUCACUUUCGGAAUCGCGUUUACUUCAAGGACUUCGUUCUUCUUCAACGGCAACACCUCGGUGCAGCUGUCGCCGUGUGAUCGGAGGCUUUCGCUUUCGUCUAACGGUGCUCAGCUAUCGGUUUUUCGACCUAAAGUGGAUGAGAUCUCGCUUCUCACGGUUAAUAGCAGUAGCUUCCAGCCGGAUUCUGUCGGUGGUUAUAUGGUGGCAUUUGCUGGUAGAAAGUAUGCUGCAAGAUCACUCCCUGCUUUUGUUGCAAACAGUACAUACAUCGUCACUAGUUUCACACUGGUGAUGGAGUUCCAAAAGGGCAGGCUACAAAACUUAUAUUGGAAACGUGACGGGUGUGCUUCAUGUUCGGGCAAAAGCAACUUUGUGUGCCUUAACAACCAGGACUGUGCAAUCAGGACUAAUUCAUGCAAAUACAGAGGCGGGACCGUUGAUUGCAGCAUCGGAAUACAACUCGCGUUUUCUGGAACCGAUAAACACGCAACUGUUUUCAAUUCAUGGUACGAGGUAAAAAACCUUCGUCAAUACUCGUUAUUUGGGCUUUACAAAAAUCUCAAGGACUCUCUUACUAGCCAAUACAAUAGUUUCUUUUAAGGCUUAACGAGGUUUUAACUUUUAUGUUGCUGUGUUAUGAAUCUGUUUACGGUUUCUUUGUUGUGUAUGUGGACUUUAGUGUCAGUGAUAUUCCUUACACUUUUGUAAAUUAUUUUCCCCGAAGAGAUUGUAUGAAAUAUGAAUAUACGCUUAUUUUGCUACGAGGAGUCGUUUCACAUCGAUUA